UGCGCUGUGUCCCUCGGACACAGCAGAUCACCGAUCGAUGGAAAGAGCCGAAGAUGUCGGCUCGGUCAUGUGAUCAGCUGUGUCCAAUCACAGCUGAUCGCAUGGGACAUGUCCACUGAUCAUCAGGGCACUGAUGAUCAGUGUGCCCUGAUGAUCUCUGUAGCCCCAGCUGCCACCUGUCAGUGUUCAUCAGUGCCAGUGCCACAUAUCAGUGCCUACCAGUGCCACAUCAAUGCCACAUAUCAGUGCCCAUUUGAGCUGCCUUUCAGUGUCACCCAUUAGUGCCAGUCAGUGCCACCUAUCAAUGCCAGUCAGUGCCAACUAUCAGUGCUGCCAAUCAGAGCCACCUAUCAGUGCCAGUCAGUGCCGCCUAUCAGUGCCAGUCAGUG